CAGAAGAUAGCCACGCCCGCGCAGCGUGCAGGGACCUGUGUGAGACGCCCGCUGCACGCUGUCUGCUGCACCGCGACGGCCCGGCGUCUGCGUUGAAUGUUUGGUAGCAGUUACCUGAGGGUCUACACGUCCAAGAAGAAAUCCGUUUUAAUUUACAAUGGCGGAAGAAGAACGGGAGCUGACGUACGAGAAGCGGGCCGACGCGGCGGACAUGGCGGGCGAGGACUACGAGCUGCAGCUGUGCGCUCUGCUGGUGGUGCGGGCCGUCAGCCACUGCCCGCGCGGCUUCUACCUGGCCAGCAACCACAGCCAGGCCGGCAGCUUCGACGACAUAGUGCUCUUCUGGCGGCAGGAGGUGGGCGGCGGCGGUGCAGCGGCGUGGCGCGGGAUGCUGCUGCAGCUGAAGCACAAGCAGGCGGAGGCGCUGGGCCGCAAGGUGUUCCUGCCGGCGCCGCAGGACCAGAAGAAGGCCAAGGGCCAGGGCAGGAAGACGCCGCAGGCCAACUUCAGCCUGGUCGACUACUACGACUCCUACCGCCAGAAGGUGCGGCCCGCGUGGCAGCAGAUGGUCAGCAAGAUCGGAGACGUCCCACUCGAGCAGGUGACGGUUGGCAUAUUCACGAACACCGGCGUGAAGAAGAUGGACAUACGCGACGUGAACACCGCGCCCGACAUCGUGGACACUGGCGCUGUGAGAGACGCCAAGGAGAUAUCCAGAAUCACGGAGAUCACCUUCUCGCUGGAGGAGGAGGACGUCGGCUGCUGCUUCUCGACCUGCGAAGACCUGAGCGACGCCGGCGAGUUCCUGUCCAGGUUCCGGCUCUUCUGCAACCAGGCGAGCCUGGAGAAGCUGCAGCAGCUGAUCAAGGACGAGCUGAUGGCGGCCCUGGGCACGGGUCCCGGGGAGUCCACGGACGGCGCCUACGCGGCGCUGCUCGCCGGCGUCAAGGCGUGGUGGACGGCCAAGAGGGCGGCGCCCUACCUCACCGCCGACAGCGGCCUCUGGACCGGCAUCGUCCUCUCCCAGCUGGCGGACCUCGGGGACGCGCUCAGCGGCGCCGUGCGCGCCCUCGGCCUCACGUUCGCGGCAGAAGCGACCGACGCCUUCAGCCGAGUCUUCUCCACAGCGCCAGGCCGGCCGGUGGUGGUGGUGUGCGAGCGAGGUUGCGGUCUGCUGUCGGCGGGGAAGGCGCUCCAGGCCCUGCAGCCAGACAGGGGGCUGGCCGUGACCGCCGAGGCGGCGGAGCGCCGCCUGCCGGAGGUGGCGGCCGCGCUGUCCAGCCGCGCCUGCCGCUGGCUGCUGCUGCUCCAGCCGCACAGUGCAGACCCGCUGUCCGCCGCCGCCCGGAGCCGCCUGCUGGACGAGCUGCGGCGCCACCCCAAGACCCUCGUCCUCGUCACAGAGGCAGACGGGGUGCCUCCUGACGCGACAGACGGCUGGACUCGACACGACGACCAGUUCUCGCUGCUCCAGCUAGACACCGCGUCGCGGGAGCGGCUGCUGCAGAAGACCGUCAUCUUCCAGGGGCUGCACACGACUGUGGGGGACAUUGUCCAGGUUGAUGACUCUGCUACUGUUGAGAGCGAGAACUUGACAGAUGAUACUAAAUGGGUUCUCUUGAUGAGCAUUCGUGGAGCUGAUGGUGUUCCUAAGUACGAUAGGUUAUCCUGUCUAAAGCUUUCUGUUUUUACUCUACCGGAAAGCAGUGCUGAGUGUGAGCGUGUGUUCAGCUUAGUGAAGAAGAAUCGCAAUUACUUUUGGUCGUCCGUGUCGGAUGAAACUCUGGGAUCCAUUUCUGUUUUGAAAACAAGAAUCAGCGGUCGAUGUUACAUGAAUAGUUUUCCUUCAUAA